AUGUCUAUCAGGGACAGCACAAAGGCGAAGGCGUUGGCCAAUCACAACGUGCUGAACGAUGCGUCUCUGUUCGUGCACUUUGUAGAUGCAAUACACUCUGCAUACAAACCAUGCAACAAAAUCUCCUCAGGCACGCCAAAUCACCAUCUCAGACAGCAAGCUCAGGAGAAAGCAUGUGCCAAGACAUACUAUGCCAAGCCUGAAUCCAAUCGCAUAUUGCACAGCAACCAUUCAAUGCCUUUUACAGAAGACACAAAUGGAUUUGUAUGUGCAUUCUGCAAUGCAAGAUACAUAUACAAGAGGUGUCUAAUCACCCAUCUUAUGAAAACACACAACAUAGAUCUGAAAAAUCCUCGAAGGCCGUUCCAUCUCCAAUAA